UACCAUUAAGCGCGUGUUUUUGUUGUCGUCUGCGGGAACUCGAAGCUGGUAGGCCUGUUUCUGUCGAUCGGUCUUUGGACACUUCACGCGCCAGGCGACGCUGACAGACGACAGUUUCCCAGGACUAAUGGCUUCACUUUACCUAAGUCAUAUUCGUACUUAUAAUAACCAGUUUUCUUCAAUUCCUGGCAUUGUAUGCACGACAUUUCUACGAGGGAUUGGUGAGAGAGAAUAAGGAGUUUAUCGGCUGUUCCUAUCGCUAAGACCGGACCAAGCAGACGUUAUCUCAAGAGGCCCAGUGCCUUAUCUCUGGACUACCAUACAGUACAGGUGUAAAUUAUCUCAGGUGAAUGAAGUGAGCGAGGUGGUCGGCGCAUGGUGUUGUAUCAAUACGCUUGGAAAAUCUAAUCCGUCGUCACUCAAUGACAAUUUUUGGACAGUAGAAAAUGUCGGAGGUGGAAACCCAGUGGCAGUCAGAAACCAAUGGUAUUCAUACUUAUCAUCUACCCUCUCCAUCCCGGGAAAGUAAUGACUCAAAGGAAGGGUCCAGAAGUCCAGGACAAUCUUGUGAGAAUACAGGUUCAGAGUCCAUUGCAGAGCUUGUCACGUCCGAGAUCAGGAUCAUUAAUGGAGAAACUCCCCCAGAAAUCUUAGAAAGCCCCGAGUCGGCUGCAGAGACAGCCAAAGCCGUGGAGAGCAUCAGCGGAGACGUGUGUGAGGAGGGUCACGACCAACCCACACCUCCACCCCCCGAGCUAGAGGUCCGACCUGGGGCAGAGGAGCCUGUUACCUAUACAGAAAUACACACCCUCCAGCCGGCGGCCGUGGUGACAGAUUUACAGCCCGUCACGCUUGACCCCGCCGGGCACCUGUUACCUAAAGAGGACGUGGACGCAUUCUUCAGACACAUGGAACCUAUGGGUACAUCCGUCACUGUGACCAAUUACACAACCCUGACAAACGCACCCAUGUCACUGGCCCACUCUGUGUAUCAGACUCUCAACGGACCGUCUCUGGUCACAAACGCAGGCAGCAUGCCCCACGCAACAGUUCUAUCCGACGGGCAGUCCUAUCUUCACUCCAUGGCCCAUCUGUAUCCUCCCUCCUCCCGCUCCCCCGGGCAGUACGGCGUAUCUACAUCAGAAACUGGAGCCUACUUAAACCCCCAUGAAUACUCUGGAAGUCCUGGAAAUGGGAAAUUUUCUCCUUAUGACAAUGUGAAUUCUGGACUUAGAAGUGACAGUAUGUCGGGGAUUUCUUCUCUUCUGAGACAAGGCCAGCUUCCCCCGUAUUCAGACUUUUUAUCCCAAGAUUUGGCGGGAUUUAACCCCUAUCACGGGCUGACCCAAGAAACGAGAUUACAAGAAGAACAAGACUACUUCAAUAACGAGUGUCGGGAGUGUGUCAACUGCGGCGCCAUUUCUACUCCAUUAUGGCGGAGAGACGGGACCGGCCAUUAUUUGUGCAACGCUUGCGGACUGCUCCACAAGAUGAAUCCGGGACAGACAAGAACUCCAGUCAAACAACCCAACCGCGAGAUUUUAACUCAAAUUCUCAAUGACGAACAACCUCCAGUCUGGGCCUUGACUGCACUCACAGAACCCGCUUUGUCCGAGUCCCCCAUUUCUGAGGAGGAGAAGGCACCGACGCCCAUCAAAAGGAUAGAGGACAACAAGUUUGACAAGCUUAGCGGAAUUAAUAACAACAGAAGCAGGAUGGGUUUAUCGUGUGCUAAUUGCAAUACUUCGACCACGACCCUAUGGCGACGCAAUGGCGAGGGAGAGCCAGUCUGUAACGCAUGCGGCCUGUAUUACAAACUGCAUCAGGUGAAUAGGCCAUUAUCUAUGAAGAAAGACGGAAUCCAAACACGCAAGAGAAAGCCUAAGACCCCCGGAAAAUCAAAGUCCCCCUCCAAGGAUUCCCUUCACAACAAUCAACCGGAGCCUUCCCUGCCCCCGCCCAUUUACACCCCGCCCCAGGUGACCUCCUCCUAUCACCUCCCUCAGCAGUCGUCCCAGGGGCUCCUGGAUUUGUCCGUGGCGCGUUCAGAUCCCAGCGAUAACCACUCGACAGGUUUAGACAUGAAGCCAAGUGUGUCCAAUUUCAACUUAUAUCAGACCCACAGUUCCGUGCUGGCAGCUCUAAGCUCCCCUCCUCCCGCCCUGCUACAGGUUGGAGGGCACUCGCAUGGGAUGCUUCCCUCCAUUAAUCACGUGACAUCUCACAUGCAGCAGCAAAAUGACGUACUACGAAUGAACUAUGACAGUGACCUAAUGCUGAAACAGGAACCACACAUUUUUGAACCCUCGCCUCCUAAAGCUGUUCCUGUCGCCGUGAACCCAGACGAAAUCAAACAGGAGGAGUUAGAACCAAGGUCAAAUGGAAUUUCUACGCACAGCGACAUCAUUCAGUUAAAGGCGGCAUCUGUAAUUGCCGAGGAUUCCGAAAGCGAUUUUAGCAAUCGGAACGUCUGUCCACCAACAGUGAGCGCCAAAUAGUUAAUGGUUUGAGACAUAUCUAGUGUUUUUCAUGGACGCUUACCGAAAAAGAAAUCCAAUGCUCGAAUCAAGCAUAAUUUAUGACGUAAAAUCACAUUUCUACAAAGAGACUGGACAUUAUUCUUAUAUUGUACUCAAGACUGUUUAUAAAACAUCAGUUACAGGUUGAAGUAGAACAAACACCACAGAAUAUUCGUUGGAGAGUUAUGACGAGAAUUUUUUUUCAUAAAGGGUAUAUUAAAAUGUCAUAAUAUUGAUAUCAAAAAGUAUGCAUUUGCAUCGUUGAAUUUAUGUAAUAUGUGUAGUUUAGAAUUUUCCUAUAAUUUUAAAUUUCAUGCAGGUCAUCAAAAUGAAUCAAUUUUGAAUCAGAUGAAAUAAAUUCAAAGUGUUAAUUUAAACAUGAUAAUAAAUCAAACAAAUAAGAUGGAGGCAUUUAUUGCAUUAUACAGAGAUGUUGAACAUCUAUUCUUAAUUUAGAAUUUUUAAAAAUGAAUUUUUACAUAAUCUUACAUGUAAUUUAAAAAAAGUAUUACAAAAUUGUGAGUUUAUAAAACAUGUCUCACAUGUAGGGUAAUUUUAUACAUUUUGUAAAUAUUAACAUUGUAUAUAUAUCAUGUAGUUUGUGAGUAGAUUGAGACGAAUCUUGCCAGGGAAUACAGUGUUUACAAUUUUAGUGUUGGAUUGCACAAUUCUUGUUCAUAAAAUGUAUAUUAUAUGUAAGAAAAAAACAUUCCCAGGAAACGGUUAUAAAAUUGUUGAUGAAAAUUGCUUUUCUUGCCAGUAAAUAAUAAAACAAGGCGAUUGUAAAGAAUAGGAAUUGAUGGACCAAUCAGAUUUAUUCAUGCACUGAUGUUGAUUUUUCUUGAAUGAUUAAUUGUUUAAAGUGCCUCUGAUUUAAUAGACAAUCGGCUAUUUUCUUGCCAAUUAUGUAUAUUUCUUGAUUAAAAACAUUC